AUGAAGGUAAACCUGGCAGCGCAGGUGCUCAGUUCAAGUGUUGCAGGUGCUUUAGAGUAUUGUGAAGGUAAGCUGAAAUUGCCACAAUUUCAAGGGUGUGGUCCAACAGUCAAAUUUAUCUGCGUAUUUGAACAUCUUUUUGAUGUUCUAAAUUCCAGGAAUCCGUUGGCGAGAAAUUUCAAGGUGACAAUUAGAAGAUCAAACUACCAGUACACAAAGAGGUUUCUAGAUGAGGCAAGAAGAUCAAACUACCAGUACACAAAGAGGUUUCUAGAUGAGGCAAGUAACUAUAUUCGAAAUCUGAAAACGUCAGAUGGCCAAUCGAUCCUCACGUCAAAAAGGAAAACAGGAUUUUUUGGUUUCCUUUUGUGCAUCAAUGCUGUUGUGGGAUUAGCAGAAGAUCUCGUCAAUGCCGAGAAUCCAGUGCUCAAGUAUCUUCUGACGUACAAGAUGAGCCAAGAUCACUCGGAAUUAUUCUUUUCAGCUGUGCAAGCAUCUGGAGGGUGGAAUAAUAAUCCAACAACUCGUCAAUUUAUAGCAGAUACAAGCAACUGCUGAUGAGGCACAACAUCGAAGAGGACGUGGAAACUGUACUCCUCAAGAUGAUACGGAUAUAUUGAAUAGUGUCCAGGAUCAGCAUGAAAUCAACUCCUUGCCUACUGGAAUUUCUGAUGUGGCAAUUGCAAGGAGAUAUGACUUGGCGUUGAGACCGCCCGCUGCAGAUGAUCACGACUACUGUGAUGUUUCUAAUGCCAUGGAACUGUCAGAGUACAAAGAAGCUGCCAGAUCCUAUAUCGCUGGGUAUGUGGUAAAAAUGGUCGAGAAAAAGAUCCAUUGUCCGCAAUGUGUCACGGCUUUGACAACGAACAAGGAAAACAUUCCAGACUUGUUCAUAACAUGGAAGACAAAUGGAGGUCUUAGAUUGCCAUCCUCGGACUUUUAA